GCUAACAUGAAGCCUUAUUUUGCUGCAUUCCUAGUUGUGGCACUAAUUUUAAGCUCCAAUUUUCUUGAGUCCACAGCUACAGAAGAAUCAAGUUUUUGUGGGGAGAAAUGUGGAGUGAGGUGCUCAAAAGCAGGGUUGAAGAAGAGGUGCUUGAAAUAUUGUGGGAUAUGCUGUGAAGAAUGCAAAUGUGUGCCUUCUGGAACAUUUGGGAAUAAAUCAGAGUGCCCUUGCUAUAGGGACAAAUUGAAUUCCAAGGGCAACCCCAAAUGCCCUUAAUUCAUAUUCUUCCUAUUAUUUUCUUUACAUAUAUUUUGCUUUAACUUCCUCUCUUUUGAGAAGAUAAUGUAUUGGUGUGAUGAUCAAUAAAAGGAGGCUCAUUUCUUUCCUCUAA